CGCAAUCACUUCACACACACUCUCUCUCUCUCUCUCUCUCUCUCGCUCUCAUUCUCUCUCCUUGCCUGCUUGUGGAAACAGCUCCUUUUAGCACACGCUAGCAUGUCUGACAAGCCAGAUCUCACAGAGAUUGCAAGGUUUGACAAAACCAAGCUAAAGAAGACAGAAACAAAAGAGAAGAACCCUCUUCCCACAAAAGAGACUAUUGAACAGGAGAGAAAAGGAGAUACAAGCCCCUAACCUGAUGGAGAAGAGGAAGGCCAAGCACAACAGAUGCUUCCUUGAUGGCACGUUAUUUAAUAUUAACACUUUAUGUUUUGGGAUGAUGGGUACUAUUCCCCUUUGUGAAGCAUGGUUACCAUGGUGAUUAAAGUCCCCUUCAGGACAAGACAUGGAGUGACUUUUAAUGUUUGAACAUGGGUAGUUUAAAAAAUCAGUUCAUAGCAUUUUCUAAAUUGAAAUCUUAAUGAAAUAAAGACAAAUAUGAACACA